GGAAGCUGCCAUGCACUUUCCUUCCACCAACACCAUUCUUUUAUAUCAUCAAUAUUAUUUCAUCUUCUAGCGUUCUCCGCAAUUUCUCUAAAGCAUUUACCUUUGAAAUUAACUAGAUUUUUCACUUUUUUUUUUCAAUAUGGCAACAGCUAAUGUUUCCAAGGCUUCCAAAUGGUUCUCUAACAAGAGCCUUAGGUUAAGCCUUCAUCGCCGUGGAUCCAAGUCUAGCUCGAGCUUAAGCUCUCCUCGAUCAUCACCAACGCCUCCUCAUGGUACGCCUAAAAGAAGCAAAAAGGAAGAUGAGUUGAAAGAAGUCUUCCGAUAUUUCGAUGGAGAUGGUGAUGGAAAAAUCUCUGCCCUUGAACUUAGGGCUUACUUCGGAUCCAUUGGAGAGUACCUGUCACAUGAAGAUGCUCAAGGGGUGAUCAAUGAUCUAGACUCGGACGGCGACAGCAUGUUAGACUACCAAGAUUUCUUGAAGCUAAUGAAAAGAGAAGGCAGCGAUGAUGAUCUGAAAGAAGCCUUUGAGAUGUUUGAAUUGGAGAAAGGUUCAGGUUGCAUAACUCCCAAAGGGCUACAAAGGAUGUUGAAUCGACUUGGGGAUGCAAAAUCUUACGACGAGUGUGUUGCCAUGAUUCAGGCAUAUGAUAUUGAUGGUAACGGAGUGCUUGAUUUUUAUGAGUUUCACCAAAUGAUGGCUUAAUAUAUAUUCACCCACUAAGAUUUGGGACACUAUUUAGUUGUGUUGGAACAUUUCUUUGUAUAUUGUGUACCACUGUUGCACAGAAUCUGUGCCCUUUUCCUCCCUUGAGCAAAAGCAAGUUUUGUGUUGAGAAAUUUGGAAAUUAAUAAAGCAUAAUUUGGCUUUUGUAGAAUAUUCUUGAUGAUUUUUCUUCUCUUUGUUCUCGUUUUAAACUGAUCUGAAAGAGUCCGAUCAAGCCAUCUGUAAAAACCCUUAAAGC